AUGAAAAAGAGAAAGAUACCAGAACCAGGAACAUAUUUAUCAAUGGCAGAUCCUAGUCAUCACCCAAAACAACAGCAGCUGCUCUCAACUGGUGGUCCUCACCAAGUCUCAGGCAGGUCGUGGUUAUAUGCAUCAGUAGCUGGCUUGGCAACAGGCGGUCUACUUCUUUGCAUGUCAGGUUUCAGUUUCUUGGCCUCCUUGACGCUGCUUUUAAUAACUGCACCUCUCUUGUUGAUCUUUAGCCCCUUAAUAUUUGGUGCUGCCCUUGUUCUUGCUGGUGCCACUGCUAGCUUUGGUGUGGCUACAAUGGCGGGGCUUGCUGGAAUUGUUAUGAUUGUCUGGAUGGUCAGGUCAGUGUUUAGAGGGAGAGAAGAUGGUAUUGGUGAGAAAGUGCAGGAAAAUGGCCAAGAAUGGGCAGGGUAUUUGCAACAGAAAGUGCAAGAGAACGUCCCUAUUGAGAAUAGUGUUGAAACAGGCUGA